AUGGGCGUUUGUAUAAGUAAAGAAAAUAAAGCCAAAAAGCCACACAGAGCAUCGGUUUUAUUGGCACCGGAAGUGUCCAGCAGCUCACGUUUGGAGUCAGUCAGAGAUAAAUUUGACUUUAUUAAAGUUUUAGGCUAUGGGCAGUUUGGAACUGUAAGACAAGCAGUCAAGAAAAAUGAUACAAUGUCACAAAAUAAAAAGUUAUACGCAAUUAAAUCAAUAUGCAAGGACAAUGUGAAGAAGAAUUUGGAGUCCAUGAAAAGGGAAUUGGAAAUUCUAAAAUUAGCCGAUCACCCGAAUAUUGUAAAACUUUAUGAAAUUUAUGAGGAUAACUUAUAGCAACUUAAUAUAAAAAAUUUAUAAAUAGCCUGAUUCCUUAUUUUUAUAUAAAAAUGAGAUUUUCCCUAAAAUAUAAAUAAUUACUUAAUCCAGCAGAUAUAGUAAAUACAUCCAUCUGGUAAUGGAAUAUUGCUCAGGCGGCGACUUAUGUGACUAUCUUAUUCAUAAAGAAAUUUUAACUGAAAAAGAAGUUUCUGUAUUAAUGAGACAGAUGUUUUCAGCAGUUAACCAUCUUCACCAUUUAAAAAUAUGCCACAGAGACCUAAAGCCUGAAAACUUUUUACUGGCUAAUAACAGCGACACCCCAGAAGUAAAAUUAACUGAUUUUGGGAUGUCAGUCAAAUUUGGGGACGAUAAAAUGAAGUCAAUGGUGGGCACUCCAUAUUUCGUUGCCCCAGAAGUCCUAAAAGGCCGAUAUGGCAAAGAAUGUGACAUCUGGUCUUUAGGCGUCUUCAUGUACUUUUUGCUAUCAGGACAUCAUCCGUUCAAAGGCCACGAUUUAAAAGAGCUUUUCCUUCAUAUCACAAAAGGUGAGUUUUCCUUCCCAGAGAAGCCAUGGAGCAAAAUUUCUAAAGAAGCCCGACACCUUAUCCAGCAGAUGCUUAACACUAAUCCAGCUAAAAGAAUUUCAAUAUCUCGAGCCUUGGCUCAUCCUUGGUUUUCUACUCUAGAUGAUCCAAAUGAGCAUCCUCCUCUAAAUUUAGAAGUUUUAUACCAUUUUUAUAGAAAUAUUUAGUUAAUUUAUAUAGGAAAAUAAAUGGAGCCUGGCAGCAGAAAUUCAUAUAAAAUGGAUAUAAAUUCUAUGAAAAAAUUCCAAGCCCCUAGUAAGCUAUAUCAAGAAGCUAUGAAAGUUUUUGUGAGGAAUAUUUCUGAAGAAAGAUAUGAAGAAUUAGGAGCUGCAUUUAAAGAAAUUGACCAGUCAAACACAGGAUUUGUAACCGCUCAGGACAUUGUAGAUGCAAUGAGAAGAAAUGGGUACGAUUUACUUGUGGAUGAAAUUGAGACUUUAAUGAAAAAUGUUCAGUAUAUAGGAGGAGGAAAAUUAAAUUAUACGCAAUUUUCGUUACAUAGCUUUUUGUAAUUAUUAUAGCCAGAAAUUUGCUUGGGAAAAAAUCAAUGAAUUUUAAGAAAAAAUGCCUGAUUUAUAAAAAAUUUAGGUAACUUGUCGAAGUGAAUACCAAAAAUAAUAUCAGAUAGCAUGAGGCCGCAAUUUUUAAUCGCAGCAUUAGCGAGAAAAAAAAUUAUGGAUGAGGAAGCGUUGUGGGCAGUUUUUAACCAUUUUGAUAAUGGCCAUACAGGGACUAUAAGUUUAGAGAAUUUAAAGUUUGCUUUAAUAAAAGCAGGCUGCUUUAUAAGUGAUAACGAUUUCGAAGAAAUCGUCAAAGAAUUCGAGCUAAAAGCUGGAAAAAACAUGAACUAUGAAGAAUUCAAAGAAAUUAUGACCUGCUUUUCUGAAGAAAACUCAUUUGUUAUGAUAACUGAUGAAGAUGAAGCUCGAGGAACUGAAAGAAGACAAACUAAAAGACUGUCUGUAAGAAGAAUUACUAUCAGAAGAGCUACUCUCAACGUGAUAGAAAGCACACCAACGCUUGAAACAAAAAUGGAAACUAUAAAAGAAACCGCAGCUGAUACCAAAAAUGAAGAAAUUAAAUUAUAACUUCCCAAUUUUAAAUCGGAACUAAAAAUUCUGUUCCAAUUAUAAGGGGUUAUUUUUUUUUAAAAAAAAUUAAAAUGAUUUUUCAUAAUAAAUAUUUUUUAAAAAAAAAAAUUUUUUGAGUUUAAUUUAUUUUUAUAGAGAUUAAUUAAAAUACUAAUUAAUUCAAUGUGCCAAAUGUUUAAAUAUAAUUCUACUUGAGCUCUCAUCAUUAAAUUAGAUUAAAGCUAUUUUGUUCGAGCUUAUAAGGGCAUGUAA